GAUUAAAACAGGUUACACAUCUCAUUCGGGAGGAAAUCACACACACACUGUUUUGGACUAUGGCUUCCACCACCUCAGGUGAUGUUCUGCCAUCGGGCGGCAGGAUCUUCACUUCCAUUCCUGAAGUGUUCUUCAUCCCUGAAUUUGUGUUUGGAGGUUUGGUGUGGAUCCUGGUGGCAUCGACUCGUGUCUCACCAGACAACCCCCUGGGCUGGGUGAUGUUCGUGUCCGUCUUCUGCUUCGUAGUGACAACUCUCUGGUUCUUCAUCUUCCUCUGCGGAGCCAAUCAGAGCGGCAUCUGGCCCUCCCUGGAUGCAGGCUAUCAUUUUGUGGCUGUGGUUUUCUACCUCAGUGCCUCGGUGGCUCUGGCAUAUAUCACCGUUCUCAGUGGCCAGAUUCCAGCUAUAGUGCUUACUGGCGAUGUUCUCAAAAACUACCGACUGGAUAUUGCUGCAGUGGUGAUGUCCUAUGUGGCUACUCUUCUCUACUUCCUCCAUGCCAUUUUCUGUGCCAUCCGAUGGAAGAGGUCCUAAAACAAAACACAAACCCAACCGUAAACCAACAACCGGAUGACCAAACAGACAAGAAACCGAAUAACCAGCUAAGCUGUGAUUGGACUUUUUUUAUGUUUUGAUUUUCAUGUCAGCUCAGUGAUAAACAGUACCUUGCUUUUGAACCAAUGUGCUAAAACAUCAAAUGAAUGAAUGAGUGGAAAACAAACAGGUUGCUGAUAAAUGUUACUUGUUCAUUGGUCUGGUUAGUGAGGUAGGCCUGUGUAUUACCACCCCGCAAUUUACUGUUGUCGUAAUCAGAAAGGCAGCAGUUUACUGUUUGAUGGGUGUAAAUAACUAACUAAAAUUCAGAUCUAAUUACAUGUUCAGGAGAAGGUACUACAUAAUUAUGUUUUAAGAUAAAUUUCUGUUGAUAUCCAAAAAAUAACUUGCACAAAACAUUACUGACUCUAAACGGUGUACAAGGCAUUCAAUAGUACAGCUUGGUGUUAGUAUAGCACAGUACAUUUAAAUUACUAAUAAAUCCUGACAGACUUAAAAACCCAAAACAUGGAAAAUCCAAAAGACUUGAUUAGAGAGAAGAACGCCCUUUAUUUCCUUAUAUUAUUCCUUAUAUAUUCCUAAUAUUUUCCCCAUGUUUUCUAUGAACAAAUAGUAAAUACAUAAAUAUGAAUGGAUAAACCACUCUCCCUAUCGACGGCAAGUCUGUUUAUUCAGUUUCAGCUCAAUAGCUUUAGUUCCUUUUUUUUUUGUUUUUCCAAAGGCUUGGUUUUGACAUAAUGUUUGGAUGGAUGUUUCCACUUUCUUUACUGUUUGCAUUUUUUAUGAGCACUUCCAAAAAUUUCAACAUGUAAAUAUUUAGAUGAUUUCACUUUAUGGUAUUUUUUGGACUCUCUGAUAUGAAAUAAAUUAAUUGGACA